AUGGCGUCCUCUGUGGCACGCGCGAUAGGCCCGGCGCGGCUGGAGCGCCGUUCUGCGCAGCCGCGGGUGCGCUGGACGAGCCGAGCAGCGGCUAGCGUUCGUGGGGCCGCUGCGCCGCCCGAGCUGGUCACGAUUCCGUACGAGAGGCUCGCGGACGUCGAGGGAGGCGAGCUGGACGCGCUCAUUGCGGCAGCGUACGGGCCGCACGGCCUGGGGGUGCUCACGGUCUCACACGUGCCCGGUUUCUCUGCUGCAAGGCAGGAGCUUCUGGAGCUCGGUCCGGUGCUCGCCGGGCUGCCCGAGGACCGCCUCGCGGCGUACGAGGAUCCACUGAGCCGGUACGCGUUCGGCUGGAGUUUCGGGAAAGAGGUGCUGCAGGACGGCGUCGCGGACACGCUGAAGGGGUCGUUCUACGCGAACCCGCUGCACGACAGGCCCACGGAGGGGCAGCCGGGCGCGCAGGCGCUUCUACAGCGCCUUCCGGGGCUGUGCCGUCCGAACAUCUGGCCGACGGAGGACGUGCCAGAGCUCCGCGAGAAGUUCCGCCACCUCGGCCGCAUGAUGGCCGACGCCGGAGACCUCCUCUUCCAGCACUGCGACAAAUACGUUUUCAAGUCUUGGAAUUCCGAGUACAACCCUGAGCGCCUCACGGCCGUCCUCAGGCGGUCCCGGUGCCCCAAGGCCCGCCUCCUGCACUACUUCCCCCCCAGCGCCGCCCGCAGGCCACCCGAGAGCCCCGACGGACCGGUGUGGUGCGCGUGGCACACCGACCACGGCUCCCUCACGGCGCUGACGUCAGCGAUGCUGUCCGGGCUGGACCCGGGCGCGGCGUUCGACCCUCGCGCGGGCCUGUACGUCCGCACGGCGCGCGGCGACUCAGUGCAGGUGAGGGUUCCAUCCGACCACGUGGCCUUCCAGCUGGGGGAGUCCGCGCAGGUGCACUCCGGCGGAGUGCUGCGCGCGACGCCGCACUUCGUGCGGGCGUGCAGCGGGGGCGGAGGGGGGGUGUCUCGGACGACGUUUGCGGUGUUCUUGCAGCCGAACUGGGACGAGCCGAUGGACUCCCCCCCCGGCGCGACGGAGAGCGACGUGUGCGUGGGGCGGUGGCGGCCCGGCAUCGACUUCGGGACGUUCACCGAGGAGACGUUCGCCGGCUACUACUGA